ACACAUGUUCUUGCACUCCCUCCUUCUCCUCAGUGUCUCCUCAUUGGACCGUACACUGCACAGGAGGUAAUUUCAGCCACUUAUUUUAUUAGUCAUCGCUGGUUGCUGGAACCAAGCUAAUUAAAAGUGUGUGCGUGUAUGUGUGGAAGAUUUGGAGACACGGACGCUGUCGCUGCCGCCGCCGUCUCUCACGUUUCGCUGUGGACCAGGAGGGAGCCGGGGAGAGCAGAGGGAAGGGAAGACGAAGGGGAGAAAGAGAGGAGAGACAGACAGCUGGGUGGAAGGAGAUUUUCACACCACUUUACCAUCAUCUGAUCUGACAUGGCCACCGCAUAGGAAUCCGGUGCCACGGCAACCGUCAAGGGUGUCCGAGGAGACAGAGAGCUGGACAGAGGGACGUUCAGAGAAACACAGAGAGGGAUGGCAGUGGAGGAGAAGCCGGGUGUGAAGAGCAGCAGCUCCAUCGUCCCCUGCUUCCUGUUUGUGGAGCUGGUGAUCAUGGCUGGGACGGUGCUGUUGGCUUACUACUUUGAGUACACAGACACCUUCCCCGUGCACAUCCAGGGCUUCUUCUGCUACGACAAGACCUUCUCCAAGCCCUAUCCCGGUCCGGACGACACCAGCAAGAUCCCCCCCGUGCUCAUCUACUCACUCGUCACAGCCAUCCCCACCCUCACGAUUCUCGUUGGGGAGCUGUGUGCCUUCUUCACCAAGGCAGAGGGAACCCAGGAGAAGACCAUUGUCACUGCAGACUGCUGCUACUUCAACCCCCUACUGAGACGCAUAGUACGCUUCCUAGGUGUCUAUGCCUUCGGCCUGUUCACCACCACCAUCUUUGCCAAUGCUGGCCAGGUGGUGACAGGAAACCAGACGCCUCACUUCCUGUCUGCCUGCCGACCAAACUACACAGCGUUGGGCUGCCAGUCCACCAUGCAGUACAUCGCAGAGCGCCGUGCCUGCACAGGCAACCCACUGAUUGUCAUGUCUGCACGUAAAUCCUUCCCGUCCAAGGACGCAGCGCUCAGCGUCUACUCUGCAGUGUACACAGUGAUGUACGUGACGCUAGUGUUCAAGACCAAAGGCACGCGGCUGACCAAGCCCACCAUCAGCCUCACCCUGCUCUGUCUGGCCAUGCUAGUAGGUGUGGUCAGGGUGGCGGAGUACCGCAACCACUGGGCUGACAUCCUGGCGGGAUUCUUCACUGGGGGAGCAAUUGCAGUUUUUUUGGUGACUUGUGUGAUUAACAACUUCCAGCAGAUGCUGCACAGUCUUCCUCCACCACGACCCCAACGCCCCGAGUCUGUGCUAGGCAUGCCAAUGGUGACGCUGCCCUGUGUGGAGAGUCCACUCGAAAAGUUAAGUGGCCCUCAGCAUCCUGCACUCUCCUCCUCCUGCCCACCUUACAACACCUACGUCCAACCAUUCUAACCAACUUUAAAUCUUUUCUGCCUGUCAUUGUCUCUCCUCACUAUCCCCGUCAUCUGUUGCCUUAUUUCUGUUUUGGCUCUAUGCAUCUGUUUUCUCCUCCUUCCCGCCCCUCAUCCCUCGCAUUGCUCUUGAUUAUUCUUUUCUUCACUUUUCUCUCUCCUCCGCCUUCUCUCUGCCCCAUCCUCUCUCUUUCUCACUCCUCUCUUUCCCCUGCAGACUCCGCGGGGAUCUCCGUUCACCGAGAUCACAUGACCAUCAGCCCUAUCGGUUCCCCGCCACCCCCGAUGUCCUCAUACCGUCUCGCUCCAUUUCCAGCGAAGUCUAGACCAGUCGGAGGAGCACUCGCCGCACUGCGCCGCCCAUCCGGCUGGCCGGUACGCAACGCUGCACCGCUCUUAUUCCACGCAGGUCUAGACAUCCCGUAACACAGCUCACGCACAUUCACACACACCUCUGUUGCCCUCUCAACCCCCGGGGAACCGAUAGGCAAACUCUUCAAAGACUUUCUCUUUUCUGGACACACAGUACAGUGAAAAACUGAACAUUCAGAGUCAGGUACAUGUCUUUUUUUUCAUUUUGAACAUUAUAAUUAAAGACUUUUGUUGUUACUUUUUUUAUAUAAACUCAGUCAUGUGAAGCUCGCAUUCAUCUUCAGUGGUAUGCCCUGUAAGGAAAAAUAUAUCAAACUGACCACUGAGAAUGUCCACAGCUUUUUUCCCUUCUUUUUUGCUUUGUUUUCCACAACGGUAUGAGUUUUCACACGUUUGAAGGAGGCAUGUGCUGAAAGCUAAACAUGGUGGUGAACUCCCUGUAUAACUCCCAGGACACAACUUUGACGUCUGCUGUCAGGAGGUUGCCAUGUUGGACCAAAGAAACCCGCUGAAGGAGGCGUGUGCUGCUGAGAUUUACCCAUAAAAACAUCCUUUUAGCAAGCCACACACAAACACACAUUUUCCUCACUUGGUCUUUCCGUCUCACCCUCACUCCUUAUCUUAUCCCAUUCACACAUACACAUGCACUAUAGUCUGAGUAGUCAGCUCCCCAUGAAGUUUACUGAGAUCAAAGAAUCCAUUUCAUAUCUCUCGGCAGAAGCACCACGCAAAAGCAAACAGGCUGGAAGUAACAACAUCUUGUUGGCUAUCUUCUUCAUGUUUUUUUUUGCUCUCAGAUGGUUGCAACGUCUCAGAAACUGAUGUGACAUACAAACAUAUUUUAUAAGACAAAGCCAAGCUCCCCGACUGCAGGUGGCACAACAGUGAGCCAAAUAAAGUGCAUCGCAUCCAGGAGCAAACAUUUGUUUUUUGUAUUCUUUUGAGACAAGGAGCCUUCAUACAAAACUCUUUCUGUGAUGCCAACAGACUUUUUUGUUAUGUUUUAUUCCACACUGGAACAGCAUCACUCACCCUGAGCUGGAGUCAUGUAUUUGUUGCGAUUACGUUCUCAGAUUUUAUUAAUAGAUUUAUUUAUUGACGUGUGUAUAUAUAGUCUGGUUACCAUAAGCACACCAUGUGGCGUGACAGUUUUGCUGAUUUUGAUUUGCACACUCCCUCAAAUCCACGUUUUUUUAUUCUCCCUUCUCUUCCUCUCCCAACACAUUUAUUUUAUUUACAACCUCUGUUUAGUUCUCUUCCCUGUGGCGUUGGUAUCUUGGCUAUAUUACCAUCAGUGUGCUGUAAAAUGUUUCCCUCUGCUGGACAACACACAAACACACACACAGACACAAGAAUAAAGACCUGUUUUACAGAGCACACAAAUAUUCAGACAUAUUUUAAAGCACACACAUGCACAUCACACUUAUAUCCCCUAACCUAGUUGUUAUGUAUGUCUGUUCCCCUUAAUCCACUUUCUAUCCCUGAAACCUGUUUGUAUGAUAUUGUACAUAGCUCUUUUUUGUAUUGAGUGUGUGAUUUUUACACACACGUAUCACCAACACUCAGUGUAGAGAUAAGUGGGAAUCUUGUAUUUAUUAUGAUGACAGUGUGUAUGAAGAUGCUGAACCACUCUGAACCAACACUGGAUCGGCUGGAAAACACCCAGAUGGCUCUUUGAAUCAAACUACAUGUGCCCACUGGACCAUUAUUAGAUUAUGAACUUGAAGCAAUUUCUCUUUUGAAUUCUCAUAUGAGCAUAAAUGGUUGAACAGUUUUUCCCUCUUUUAUUGUCGAGUCUUCAGACAUGUUCGUGGUCUUUAUGUUAGCUCAUGCUGCCAAAUGCAAAGGUCAAGAAAGCUAGCAUAGGGCAAGCUAGCAAAAAUGCAACAUGUUAAAGCAGCAUGAAGUGAUUCUUUUGUUGAUAACUUGGGGCCAGUAGAACUAGCUGUGAACAUAACAUUGACAUAUUUUCACCAUAUAAUGAUGUGGCUAACUUGUUAGCAUAAUGCCCCUUAUUUGUAGAAAUGGAGCAACAUUAGCUCUCAUUUGGAGCUGUGUUUCUGGCCACCCGCUGAAUGUAAAUCCAGUUUUCACUCAUGUGUUAACUGUGUUUCUGUUUCCACCAAGUUCUGAAAAAAAUAUCUGGCUUUUUUGCUGCUAAAUGCUCUACCACCAAAUAUUAGCUAACCUUGUCUGUCUGCUGGCUGAUGCUGGGCAGCUAACAUACAGUUUGUUUAUAUAUAUAUAUAUAUAUAUAUAUAAAAUCUUGUUAGCACAAUAUAGUUUAAAUUGGCAACUUUAAUAUGUCAGUGUCUUGUGUACAGCUUGUUCCGCUGACCCCAAGUGACCAAAAGAAUUUCAAACUGCUGUUUAAUAUCCAUUUUGUAUUUUUGUUAGCUUACGUUAUGUUAGCUUUAUUGACUUUUACAUUUGGCUCUGUGCGCUAAUAAGAUCAGGCAAAAAAUAAGAGAAAAAUUGUAUUCACGUCCACUAUUUCUUUAAAAACUUUUGCGAAAACCAUCAUCUUUUGGGACUUUGGGUGCUCCACAGAAAUCUAUGAGCAAUGAAGUUCUUUGUUGUUGUUGUUUGAUUAUUUCUACCUGAGCCACAACCAUGUGGUUAAAUGUGCAGUAUAGCCAUCAAGGGUGUGCUGAAUUACCCUUACAUAUUACCCAGUGGAUGUUAACCUCUGUUAUGUGAGAAAGAUGAAGUAGAGAUUUAGUGAACAUCUUUGAUUUAACUGUUUAUAAAAACAAAUCGUAAGAACUGUGACAUUUUGGUGGCUCACAAAGCCAAGGCACAUAUACCAUGUAUCUAUAAAGUUGUGAAUCUGAGUCCGCCUCAUGACUUUUGCUGCAUGACAUCCCUUUGUUUCAUAUUUUUUCUCAUUGCUUUCUAUUAUUUAAUGUCCCGAUGAAGCAAAAAUGCCUUAAAUAAUGUAAAUGGAAAAAAUAGGUCUAGUACUUUCAAACCAGUGACAAACUAAAACAAGUGUUAGCUUCUCAUUUGUGCAAAAUCGCAGUAAUUCAUCACAGAUGCAGUGAGUCAGUAUCUGAAUCACUGUGUGAGCUCUGCUUUUGAACAAGAAAUGCAUGAAUGAGAUACAACUGAAUAAACACUAAAAGAAAAACACCCUGCAGAAAGAGCCAGAUACUCUUCAGGUCCGAAUAUGUUCUCCUCUGGUUCAACCGUUGACAGCUUUACUUUUCCUGUAAAGACUGUAGUUACUUUAGUCUUUAGUUAAAUCAGACAACAAACACGUCGCAGUUGACUGGCAUGUGAAUAAAAAGCACCAGUCUCCUUCAGAUCUCUAACUCUGAGGGAGAACACACAUUUCCUUUGAUCCUGUUGCAGUAAACCCUCUGUUUUGUAAAGAUUUGUGUGAUGAGAACAAUAAAUGGAUGCUGCAAUAAGAUGA